AUGUCCAGGAAAUCACCACAAUCACCACCAGGCACAGAAGAAGGUCUGGGGACACCUCCUCUCCCAAGUCCUCCUACAGAUAGUCAGCCCUUCGCCUCUCAGACACGAUCCUCACUCGAUCCUGCUCUCACCCAGCGCCCAUUUUCGCCCUUAACACUGGACGAGCUUGGUUUACAUCCACCGGCCACUCCCAGCGCACUUCUGGACAUCAUUACACCUGUCAAUCUCGCUGUUCACCGAGAUAGUGUGUCAACUGUGCAGACUUCCAAAGAGCCACUGUCAAGAAGUCUUUCGAACGCCGUGUUCGAAAGUGAAGCGUCAGAAUAUUGUCGAGACAAAACACACAAGCAAGGUACAAGCCCUGUCAAUACUCAGCAGCCCACCGCAGAUCUGAACCAGUCUGCAUCCACAGCUUUGGCCACCGAAAGCCAGGAACUUUUCUUGACCUCCUUCCUUCAGAGCCUUACAGAAGAUGGGAUGAUGUCCGAGUCGCAAUCUUCCAUGUUGGCAGUGACGUCUUCCCAUGCAUCAGAUACCGCAGCCGUCCCCUCAGUGGAUAGCAUCAAGCCGCAGCUGGGUGUUACGUCAUUCAAUGGGUACUCCGUGCAAACUGAGCCGAUGUCGAAGUCAGUUGUUCCGUCGGUUCAUCUGACCAAGCCUCCCUCGCUUUCGAACAACACUCCGGCCGGCAAUGAAGAGUCAAACUUGGCUUCCGAGACUAUUGCACCUCACUUUCCCAAUAAGACUCAAACGACAGACUUUCACCGCUUCUUCCUCGCACCAGCGACGACAAUCGGCGGGACGGCUCAGGUACAGACUUCAUCAUCGUUGUCUUCUUCGGUAAAGCAUUCAUCGUUAACAGCUGAUGUACGUCUAGGCAUAAAUGGCUCGGUGGCUGAACAUGGUUCCUUCUCAAACAAGCUCCAAACACAAAACACACACAAGUCCUGGACUUCAGCUGCUUCCGUUGGAUCAGGAGAGAGUUUUCUCACUUCUACGCCUCUCGAAGGCUCCAAAAUUUCAACUACAGCUUAUGAUGGCGUUCAAACAGGAAAUCCCGCCCACUUGACGCCGAUACGAGUCGGAAGCGCCAAGUUCAAUCCAGACUGGUCACCAGGUCUGUCUAACCUGGGUCGUUUCUCACUGCCACAAGCACCUCCCCUUCAACCCGAGCAUCGUUAUCCCAUCUCGAUAUUAGAGACAGAUGCAAAUUACGAGACGGAUCUUGAUACGGAUCGCGAAUCCGAUAUCAGUCCCUCCGGCACCAACAGCUUCUGUGUUACGCCUACGUCGGCUGUCCAAGUUUCCGCCACUCGCAAGAGGAAGUCUCUUGACCCUAGUCAGUGCGACGAUCAUUCGGGUCAGUCGAGCAAGGCACACAAUACAUCUCCUAGCUUCGACUGGCAGAUUCGACCGGGCGAUUCAGCUUCUGAUCGUCGAAAUGCAUUCUCCCUGGAAGGAUCAAAGAGCCCUCUCAAGAUAGUGCCUCUUUCAAAUAUUGUGCGCUCCAGAAGCUGGUCAAAUGCUUCGCAAUCCUCGACAAGCACGCAAGGUGUGACACCUUGGGUGGUCAGGUCUGUCAAAGAAGUUGGACCCGAACGUCAUGAGCACUCGCUACCAAGCAGAGAAGAAAGCAGCCCUUCAUCCAUCGACGUCGCACAGCCUUCAACAAAUCAGGUUGAUGCGAAGGCUUCGCCAAAGCCUGCUGCUGGACCUUUCACGACACUGGCCGCAAGGAACGAAAACCGAGGUGCCUCAUACGAUUUUACGCGCCAAGCACUUUUGGAGUUGAUCCGGCGGACCAACUUGGGUAUGACGAACAACACAUUCUCUGGCAGAACAGCUGAUUUGCCCUCCGAUAAAAACUCGAGCACUUCCAAAGAGAACGAUUUUGCCACUGGAACCGCUUCAGGAUCGGUGUCUGCUCCUCCGGUCAGUAGCUCCUCUAGUGUUCCAGCUGAUUUGCAAGCUCGACUUCAAAGCUGGCAACACCACCGAAAGCGACAGAAGCUGCUCAGUGAGCCUUCGAAUGGCACAUCGAGGGAUCGUGCAGCGCCACAGACCUCAACCUCGAGGACGGGCUCAAGUGAUACAUCUUUGCCUAGCAGCAAGACACUGCUGAAUGAGCUUAAGGUUGGAGAAAAUUCUUGGUCAGACAAAGUCGGUAGUGCCGAGGAGCAGCAACAAAAAAUGCGAAGGCACGAGCACUACCAACGCCUGUUGCUGCAGCUCAACGCACAAAUGCAGAUGAAGAUGCGGAUGGAUCUGCAGAAGCAGAAAGAAAAAGAGACACUAGACGCAACACAACACCAAAGCGUCGUGAAUCCCAGGGAAACUCCGAACAAACGUCCCGAGUUUAGGAAGCCCUCCCCACCCUCAAAAACUAUCGCGGCUAAUAAGUCAGAUUCGGAUGGGUUCAAUAUCUCAAAUCAAAGGAGAGAUGGGCCCAAAGCGCUUGAAAGCGUAGCUGUCUUGGUGCAAAAGGCAUCACAGUCGGGCCGCUCCCGCCACAGGAAGCCCCAGAGCAAUGUAUCCAGCAUGUCGGUUGCGAAGAUCGAGCCGCCCACAGUCAAGUCAAAUGAAAGAGCAGCAAGAGCAAUGUCUGUCACAAACGACAUUUUGACGAGUGGAUCCAAUAUAGUCUUGGCGAGUCCUUUGUCUUCAACCUGGCCAACAAAUGAUGAUACCACUUCUUCGGGGUUGAACAGCACGCCCACCAGCUCGUCAUGGCUGCCAGAAUCUCGGACCAGUUAUGCUCCGUGGGGAACAAUCUUUGCCAAUCAUGCCACCGGGUACGCUGCCACAUCUAGCUCUGGCGACUUGCGAGCAGGCCAGCCUGCUUUCUGCCAGCCAUCUUGGUACAGCAGCUUCACAGGCAAGCCCGAUGAUUCCGUGACAUCACAGGCAACUACCACCACUGACUGGACAGCCCGUUCAAACAUUGGAGUCUCAGACACGUCGAACUCACUUUCGGCUGUGGAUCUGCUGAUGAAGCAUUCCAAUUGGCGUCGUGACAUGAACACUGGAGUAACUCAAUAUGGCAGCAACUUCAAGAUGCCUCACUACACUACAUCCUUUUCAACCUCUACUGCGGCAGUGAAUGCGCGAAUGACAAUGGGUACGUCACAAGGAGGUGCAGAUCAUGCAUUCCAGUCUUCGUCGGUAGGAGCUGCCGCGGAACACAAGAAACCCUUCUCUAUCGGUGCCGAGGUGGUGUUCUGGGCUAUCAAGGGCGAGCAUUCCGUCAAGCUCGUUGGAAAGGUCGAGAGCGUGAGUACCGUCGCUUGGUUUGCUUCAUGCCUGCAAAUUGAUAUGUUUCCCGUCUACAGCAAUGCUGACCAGCUUAAGAAUUCAUACAAACGCUCAGCUCACGGAUAA